GUAUUUUCUGCCUGAUUCUGUAGCAAACAUCGGACGUUUGGCUGCCCAUUUUGCGUUCGGUUAAUUUUUAUCUUGGUAAGGUGAUUCUGGUGCAACAUGCCCCGAGUAUCAGGCACUGUAAGGCUGCGCGAGCGCAGUGCAAUGGAUCCACUUGUAGUUGUGCCCAAAGAACUGGCAAUCAGCGAGGUGUCCUUAGUUGUCGGACGUGAUCACGGCCAAGAGAUAAUCUUCUCUACAUCCAAGGCUUCGUUGGCGAAUGCGAGCCCCGUGUUUCAUGCUUGGUUUUAUGGAGAUGCCAGCGAACCUUCUGCCAGUAUUAUCCAGCUUCCCGAUGUUGUGCCCGAUGCAUUUGCCAAUAUGCUUAGCCAUGUUUAUCAGGAUUCCCUGGCCAGUCUGAACCCGCAUAACGUCUUCGCCACCCUGAACGUGGCCGAGAAAUUCAGUCUCCCACUGCUUGUGGAGCAUUGCCGCAAGUUUAUCUUUCGCAGUCUGCGUGCCAGCAGUUGCCUGCUGUUUCUCGAUAAUGCCGUUCAAUGGGGCGGUAAAGAGUUUAUCAAACCGUGUCUGGAGAUCGUGGACGCGUACACUGAGGUACUGUACCUCCCGGACUUCGCCACACUACACCCGAAAACGCUGGUGCUGCUGCUCGGACGCAAGACCUUAGCCGCCGAGGAAAUCAACAUUUACAAGGCCGCUGAGACUUGGGCGACUGCUGCCUGCGCUCGCAGCAAUAUGGAUCCAUCGCCCACCAACCGGCGACUGUUGCUGGGCAGAGCCUUCGUUCUCAUUCGAUUUCCGCUGCUCACCGACGACCAGCUCCAAGAAGUCUCGAGGGAGUUUCAGUUGUUGAACCCGGACGAGCUGCACAAAAUUUCUCUCUACAAGACUGCGGGAAUCAAGCCGCUCCCAUUCCUCACGGCGCCCCGUCGACCUCCCGCCAUCCGCGUCGGCGACGUGAAGUUCAAACACAAGGAACAAGUCUUCGUUAACGAUGAACGCGUUGACUGCUGGGUCCCGGCGGAAGUCAUCGCGGGGCGUCCAACGCACGUGGUAGUGUCGCUUUGUCAUGAAUGUCUGGGCGGCGAGGUGGUGUUGGUUCGGCGAGGUGAUCUUAUUCGCGCCGCGGAGUUUUUAAUACCCCGUCGAGCGGUACUAGUCCAAGGGGAAGCGGCGAAAUAUAUCCGGUGGGAGAACGGUGUCCACAGCGUCCGCUUCCUCCAAGGAGGAGGGUGGUCGGGGCCGUUCAUGGAGCUACGAGUGCGGGAUGUGGAUGUGAAGGCGUGGAAGCGGGGCGUGCCCAGAGCGCCGGUGGGCAGUCUGCAGAUGCCCGGCAGUUGAAGAGGAAACGUGAACGGCGUGGAAGGGAUGAUAGGAAGGCGUGAUACAGAAGGGGUGGGUUGGAUUCGUUCCGCUGAGGAAAAGUGGUGGCACUUUGAUACAGAUCCCUGCUCUUUAAUUAGUAUUUUUAUUGGAUAGUUAGUCGGUUCUCCUGUCUUUUGCCGGUUUUGUUGUGAGUUAGAUGAUGCGCAGUCCAAAGUCCAAACUGUGGUAAAGUUACUGCCGUAAAGUAGCGCCAAAGAUGUUUGGCAGCAAAGGAAGCUUUUAUAAAAGGUAUCAACAGUGU